CCCCGCUCUCACUUGCUCUUUGUUAGGUUGAAGCUUCGAAACGAUCGUGAUCUCAUUUCAUUUUUUCUUGGCUUUGUUUCGUUGUAUGUAGAAGGAGAACAAGAGUGAAGGUAAAAAGAAGGUUGGCGGAGGGAAAAGGAUGAUGGUUCGAUUACCGUGGUCUUGAAGGUUGAUAUGCACUGUGAAGGUUGCGCCAAGAAGGUCAAACGAUUUGUUAAGGGUUUCGAAGGAUUGAUAUAUCUUGACUUCAAAGAUGGAUGCUGCAAGACAUGUUUUUUCCGUGGACCUCCUUGAACGAUAUGCAACUAAGGGGCGGGGAACUAUAACUUGCAUGGCUGCUGGGAAUGAUGUCAUUUUGUUGGGAACGAGUAAAGGAUGGGUCAUUAGACAUGACUUUGGAAGUGGAAACUCUUAUGAUAUUGAUCUCUCUGCUGGUAAAGGUGGGGAGCAACCUGUCCAUACAGUGUUUGUUGAUCCUGGAGGGAUCCACUGUAUAGCUACUGUUCUUAGCAGUGGAGGUGUAGAAACAUAUUAUACACAUGCAAAGUGGAGCAAACCCCGCAUUUUGAACAAAUUGAAAGGUCUUGUGGUGAAAGCUGUUGCUUGGAACAGACAACAGAUAACAGAAGCUUCUACACGGGAAGUCAUCAUUGGUACUGAUAAUGGCCAGCUUUAUGAGAUUGCUGUUGAUGAGAAGGAUAAGAAAGAGAAAUAUAUAAAAUUGUUAUUUGAACUAGCUGAGCUUCCAGAAGCCUUCACAGGUUUACAGAUGGAAACGGCUAGUGCAAGUAACGCAACCAGAUAUUAUGUGAUGGCUGUUACUCCAACACGGCUCUAUUCCUUUACAGGCAUUGGAUCACUGGAUACUGUAUUUGCAAGUUAUUCAGAUCGAGCUGUGCAUUUUAUGGAACUCCCAGGAGAAAUACCAAAUAGUGAACUGCAUUUCUUUAUCAAGCAAAAAAGAGCGGAACAUUUUGCAUGGCUUUCUGGAACUGGCAUUUAUCAUGGUGACUUAAAUUUUGGAGCACAACAUAGUAGUUCACCCAAUGGAGAUGAAAAUUUUGUGGAGAAUAAGGCUCUGUUGGCCUAUUUCAAAUUGAAUGAAGGCACUGAAGCAAUCAGGCCCAAGUCCCUUGCAGUGUCUGAGUUUCAUUUUCUGCUUCUUAUUGGGGAUAAGGUUAAGGUUGUGAAUAGAAUUAGUGAACAGAUCAUAGAGGAGUUGUUUUUUGAUCAUGCAUCAGAACCGGUUUCAGGUGGGGUUAUUGGAUUAUGUAGUGAUGCCUCUGCGGGAUUGUUCUAUGCUUAUGACCAAAACUCUGUCUUCCAGGUGUCCGUCCGUGAUGAAGGCCGAGACAUGUGGCAGGUUUACCUAGACAUGAAGGAGUUUGCUUCAGCUUUAGCUCAUUGUCGGGAUCCAUUACAGAGAGACCAAGUAUAUCUAGUACAGGCUGAAACUGCUUUCUCCUCAAAAGACUUUGUUAGAGCAGCAUCAUUUUUUGCAAAAAUCAAUUACAUAUUAUCGUUUGAAGAGAUCACAUUGAAGUUUAUUGGUGUUGGGGAACAGGAUGCUCUGAGGACUUUCUUACUCCGGAAGCUUGAUAAUCUUACUAAGGAUGAUAAAUGCCAAGUAACGAUGAUUUCCACAUGGGCUACUGAGUUAUACUUGGACAAGAUCAAUAGACUAUUGUUGGAAGAUGACACAGCUACCGAAAAUCGAACUUCAGAAUACCAAACUAUCAUUAGGGAGUUUCGUGCUUUCCUCAGUGAUUGCAAGGAUGUGUUGGACGAGGCAACAACAAUGAGACUACUAGAAAGUUAUGGUAGGGUGGAUGAGCUGGUUUACUUCGCUGGACUUAAGGAGCACUAUGAGAUUGUGGUUCACCAUUACAUUAAGCAAGGAGAAGCCAAGAAGGCAUUGGAAGUUCUACAAAAACCUGCUGUUCCUAUAGAUCUACAGUACAAGUUUGCUCCAGAUCUAAUCAUGCUUGAUGCAUAUGAAACUGUUGAAUGCUGGAUGAACACAAGCAACCUAAAUCCAAGGAGAUUGAUUCCUGCAAUGAUGCGCUAUUCAAGUGAACCUCAUGCAAAGAAUGAAACACAUGAAGUCAUCAAAUAUUUGGAGUUCUGUGUCCAUCGUUUGCAUAAUGAGGAUCCUGGUGUGCACAACUUGCUGCUCUCAUUGUAUGCAAAGCAGGAGGAUGAUAGUGCACUUCUUCGCUUCCUACAAUGCAAGUUUGGAAAAGGGCGAGAAAAUGGUCCUGAAUUCUUUUAUGAUCCCAAGUAUGCGUUGCGCCUUUGUCUCAAGGAAAAGAGGAUGCGUGCUUGUGUCCAUAUAUACAGCAUGAUGUCCAUGCAUGAAGAGGCUGUUGCUCUUGCUCUUCAGGUUGAUACAGAGCUUGCCAUGGCAGAAGCUGACAAGGUUGAAGAUGAUGAAGACUUGAGGAAGAAGCUUUGGCUUAUGGUCGCAAAGCAUGUAAUUGAACAAGAGAAAGGAGCUAAAAGAGAGAACAUACGAAAGGCAAUAGCAUUUCUCAAGGAAACAGAUGGCCUUUUAAAGAUAGAGGAUAUUUUACCAUUCUUUCCAGACUUUGCUCUUAUUGAUGAUUUUAAGGAAGCAAUUUGUUCAUCAUUGGAAGAUUACAACAAGCAAAUUGAACAACUGAAACAAGAAAUGAAUGAUGCAACACGUGGUGCAGACAAUAUCAGAAAAGAUAUUAGUGCACUUACUCAAAGAUAUGCCAUUAUAGAUCGUGAAGAGGAGUGUGGGGUUUGCAGGCGGAAAAUUUUAACUGUUGGAGGAGCACAUCGGGUGGUAAGGGGUUAUACAUCAGUGGGACCAAUGGCUCCUUUCUAUGUCUUUCCCUGCGGUCAUGCUUCCCAUGCACAGUGACUGAUAGCCCAUGUUACAAGUUGUACCAAUGUUACUCAAGCAGAAUAUAUAUUGGAUUUGCAGAAGAAGCUAAGUUUACUAGGUAGUGAAGCUACUACUAAAGCUUCAAAUGGCAGUAUUACAGAAGAGGAAUCUAUUGGCAGCAUGACCCCAGCAGAUAAGAUCCGCUCACAGUUGGAUGAUGCCAUAGCCAGUGAAUGCCCAUUUUGUGGUGACCUAAUGGUCCGGGAGAUCUCCUUACCUUUCAUUCUUCCCGAGGAGGCACAGGAGGUUGCAUCAUGGGAGAUUAAACCACAUAACAUCGGAAGCCAGAAGAGUCUCCCAAUAGCUAUUUAAUGAUGUCAUAUCCAUCAGAUGCUUGUGGUUGUAAACUACAUUACCUUAGGWAGCAGAAGAGGGAUGAUGUUAUAGCAAAUGAAUGCCCAUUUGCAACAAGCUGAUGAUCUGGGAGAUUCUUACCCUUCUUGAGCAUACAACAUUGCCAAAUGGGGAUUGCAAGACCAAGCCUUAACCUAGAAGAGGCUGGUUGUAGCCAUACAAACAAUUGUAACUCUGCAUCUAUGUGCCUUUUGAGUUCUUUCAGUGUUGAUGUGUCUCUUUAUUAUCUUUAUCUUUCUUUCUUUUUUUUUUUUUUUUGGGGGGGGGGCGGUUACCUUUUUUCAUUUUGACAGUUGCUCUUAUCCCAGUUGACAAAAGAUACAAUGUAUUGCAAAUAAAUUGAUCCCCAACCUUUAGAUUUUUUUUAAUUCUCGUACGCCUUCCACAUUUCUGUAUUGUUCAGACUAUUUCAAAUGUAGUACCAAAAACAAAGAUUAUUUGAAAUGGAAUGCCAUGUUUUUCCCUAUGAA